CCAUAAAAUACUUGAAAAAAAUAGCGGAAAAGCGCGCCUCUUUGCACGUUGUUGUGUUUAUCUUUCGAUUUGUAUACAUUUGUUAAUUUUGCAUUUCGACGUUAAAAGCAUUAAUUGUUUUUAUGUUUAUAGCUGUUUAAUUAUUUAAAAGUUAGGAUUAUAUGUGAAACAAGAAUAAAUAGCAUAAUGGAUAAAGUAGACCGAUGGUAUUUUACGCAAGAUCGGCUGAUAAAUUCUCCAAGUCGAAAAUUUUGCGUAUCGGAGUCCAAAGAAUUAUUAUAUCGCCAACAAUCAGCACAUUUCAUUCAAGAUUUGGGACAGCAGUUAAAAGUUAAUCUAUUGUGUAUCAAUAAUGCUAUAAUCUACAUGCAUAGGUUCUAUAUGUUUCACUCUUUCUCAGAGGUCCAUUGGAGUGCAUUGGCCAUGGCUGCAAUAUUUCUUGCAGCUAAAGCUGAAGAGCAGGCUAGAAAAAUGGAACAUGUGAUUAAAUGUGCCUGUUAUUUAUUACAAAUUAAAGAAUCCUUAGAUGUUGCCUCUGAAUUUUACAAAAUUAAAGAACAAGAACUUGUAGCUUGUGAGACUAUUUUGAUUUCGACAUUAGGAUUCGAUUUUUUUGUUGAACAUCCUCAUCCUUAUGUGAUAAAAAUUUGUGAAAUGGUAAAAGCUGGUAAAGAUCUUGGGUCAAUGUCAUACUUAUUGGCUACUACCAGUUUGCAAUUGACAACACUGUGCCUGAUGUACAAGCCUCAAACGGUUGCCUGUGUUUGUUUUUAUCUUGCUUGCAAGUGGUCUCAAUGGAAGAUUGAUCCUUGCUCAAAAGGGAAAGAUUGGUUUCAUUAUGCUGACCAAAGUAUGACUUAUGAAAAACUGGAAGAUCUUGCUAACAAGUAUCUUGAAUUUUUGGAAGCUGCUCCUGCAAGAUUUAAGAAAAAAUUGUUAGAAAAGAAGGCGGCAAUUGAUGGACCCGUUACAAGCAAAAUAAAGGCUAAUAACACUACAGAGAGCACCAAGCAAGAUAAUCCAUUGCCAGAGAGAAAAGAACAUGAAGUGCAUCAAAUGAUUCCUGUGAAAUCGCUACAGUCUGAACUACUACCAACUUCCUCUUCUGCACAGUUAUCUGUUAAGCCCUCAGCAUCUAAUACUCUUGCAUCAUCUGUAUCACUUUCCUCUCAUUCUGAGAUGCGAAGAGAGGCAGCAAAAGAGCAUCUUACAUUUUUGAAAGCAUUUCAUUUAAGAAGAGAACAGCGAAAAAAUCAAAAUUCCAUUCCAAAAAAUACCUCUGGUGCACAUCAAGUCAAAAUGCAAGAAACAGCUCCACACAAAUUUAUUGAAAAUUUAGUUCAAAAGAGUAAAUCCCAAGAUGAUUCUUGCAGUGUAGCAGUUACUGAACUCCCCACUAAUGUUCAAGCUGAUAAGCAAGACAAACUAGCUUUUUCUUUAACAGAACUCAACCAGCCUUGCACAGAAUAUAAACUCUCAACAAACAAUCUGGAAUUUAAAUAUCCUGCUGGGCCUACUAAACAAGGCAUCUCUUUACCAGGUAAGGAGAAAACUGAUGCAAAUGUGAUAGUUUCGACGAGUUCAUCAACACAGUUAUCCGUGCCUCAACUGGAGUGUCUUCACACUGGAAAACCAACUGAACCUUUCACUUCUAAUUGUCAAAAAAAUUCUAAGUUCCUAUCAAAAGAGUUCAAAGAUAUGAAAUCUUUUCAGCAUGCUUCAUCACAAAGAAAAGAACUAUCUGUUGCAACAGUUAAUAUUCCUGUUUGUUCAUUGGCUGAGACUUCACUGCUUCAACUGCCAUCUCAACUGUCCGCAAAACCCUUAACUGUUAAUAGUCACGACAAGUUCGGGUCAAGCAAAAUAAAAACUAGUUUUGUGUCUCAGAAUAUGGUACUCCCGAAGAAAGAAAAGCUUGUGGUGACAGAGAAGGCUGUCGUAAACGUACCUCGAUCUUCCAUGCCUUCGUCUAGACCCUCGACUUCUAAGCAGACUGCAUUACAUAUGCCUCUAAUUUCUGAUUCGGAAGGCUCGGUGAAAGCUGAGGAGUCUUUUCAGGGUGGUAAAUACAGUUCUAAUCGUCAUCAAGAUCCCAAAGGUUUACAGAUUUUAACUUCUGUGAAAAGUGAUCAUAUACUUAAAUGUAAUCCUGAUAACCUCUUCACUCCUUUAAAAGUUCACCAACAAAUAAAUGAUCCAGUGAAUGUUCCUGUUGUACCCGUGAAACCUGUAUGUGUGAGUAAACCUGUGGUUUCUGACAAAUUGAGAACUAAUCUAUUCCAGCGACUAAAAAAUGAUCCUAAAAUUAUAAAAAAUGUGUUGCCCACCAUAGUCUAUAACUCAAUGCCCAGAAACCAACAGCCUUGCAAAGGAAGCAAUCUUGCAAUAUUAGAAGCUGUUAAACAAAAAAAGAUUACUCAUAUGGUUCAACCAGUGAAAACAAAGCUUGAAACACCAAAUGUAUACCGCAUGGGAAAUAUCUCUGGCGUGAAAGUAAAAAUACCAAAGGAACUUGUUACUUUAAAAUAUAUAGUAACUAAACCUAAUAAAAUACCUGAGAUAUCUUCUACAGCUAAUAUUCCUCCUAAAGAGAAUAAAAUGAAAAGUUCAGAAGUGCUAAAAAUAAUUGCCACAGAUAAAUCAGGAACCUAUAUCAUGGCUGCUAAAGGUGACAGUGACAAAGGAAGUCUAAAACGUCCACAUGACUUUGAUCUCAGUAGCAAACAUUCUACAAAGCACCAGAAACUAGAUCAUUCCAAAGUUAAAUCAUUCCAACACAAUGUCACUAAGUCAAAUAUGUCUGUAAUGUAAUUUACUGCUAAAGAUAGAGCGUAAUGCUGAAUAAUGAACUUUUAAAGCUAAAAUAACAACCCAUUUGUUAAGAAUUUUAAUUAUACUAAUAAGAUCAAUUAAUGAGCAUAAGUCACUGCACUUUAAUUUCACAGAGAUAUGCGGAAUUCGGCUGGAAGGAAAAGAGUUUUCCUUCCAGAUCCUCGUGCAAUAUGCUACCUAUGUAAAAAAUUUCAUGUUUAAAAUCAUAAAUUCUGCUGCAUAUCUCUGUAAAAUUAUGGUACUUAUAACCAAAGAACUCUCAUCACUUCUUUAAAAAAUAAACAUGAGAUUUAAAACUUAACAAUUUGAGUUUUGGUGGUGGUAGUUGUUGCUAAUACGAUAUGCUUUCAUUAAAUCAUAUUUUAUGACAGUCAAAACAUUUCACAAAUGGUAAUUUAAUGCUGCAAAUCUUGAACUUUAGAUAUUUUUGUCCGGACUUACUUUACCAGAAAGUAAGUUUGUCAUGGGGAAAAAAUAUGUAAUAUAAAAAUUUAAGUUUCGAUUGCAAAAUAUUUUUUUUUUCUAUGAAUGCAAUAUGUUUCUUACAAAAUGUGAGAAAGUAUGUUACUCCAAAGAUUUAUCAUCAAAAAUUAAAUUAUGUUAAGAUUUAUUACAUAGUCUAGGUCAAGACUUGUCAAAUAAUUAUUUAAGUUGUAAUGGCAGUGUAUAAAAUCUUACAUAUGUUAGUGUACAAUAUGCUACUGGAUUUAUUCCAAAGGAUUGUUGGAUUGGAAAGGAAGGUUGAAUUUAUUCCAAAGAAUUCUCAUCAAAACAAGACUGUGAUUAUAAUGUUACUGGGUUAAGAAAGAAGACAGUUUUUUAAAAAAAAAAAUAAUAUAAAGAAUCAACUAUGAAACACUUUCUCUACAAAAACAUGUCAAUCUGAAAAUUGGUGCAGUUAAAGACAUGUUGAGUACUUAGCACUUCCUAACAAUAAACUUGAAACAAAAUUCUUUUUGUAACACACAAUAUGCUAUAUUCAUACAUUUUGAACUAAGUGCUAAAUCAUUCUUAAUCAAUUAUGUCUGAGUUAUUUAACUGUUUUGUAAAUGUCUGUCAUGUUAUUUUUUAAAUCUUAAAAGUGUUGUAUUUCAAUGAUUGAAAAAAUUUUCAUAAUGUGAUAUGUUUCUGUUUAUGAAUCAGGCAUAUAAGUGCUGACUUUAAUGUACAAAAUUUAUCAAUGUUAUUCUUUGUAGCGAUUUAAAUUUCACGGUUGUGUCCCUAAGUCAAGAAAUGUCAUUAAGAGUAAUUUAGUGCUUGAUAAGACAAAUGUAUUGCCAGAAACAAAUCUGGGGCUCACAACACCUGUCUUAAAGUUAGCAAACCUCUUGCUCAGCAAAGGCCUACAUUAUCAAAAUUAAUUCGAGGUAAUUAGUUUCACUUCCAAAUGAGAGCAUGGCUUUGGUAUUUAAUUUUAUUUUAAUAACUUCUGAGUGAGUAUUGAGUAACAGUGAGUAUUUCAUUUUAAUAACAGUAGUAACAUGUGUUAAACAAUAUUCUAUACAUUUCCUAUCAAGUGCUAGAUUAUUGAGUCCUAGUGGCACCUAGUCAAUCUUAUUUUAAUAACAGUAGUAACACCUCAGAUAAAAUCCUUGUUAGGCACACAUUAAACAAUAUUAUUCUAUACAUUUCCUAUCAAGUGCUGGAUUAUUAAAUCAUAGUGGCACCUAGUCAAAUAUGGUAGAGUAAUUAAUUUGUUUAAUACGAAAAAUGUGUCUGUCAUGUAAUUUUCGAAACCUGUAAAUUUUAUGUGAAAGAAAUGUAAUUUUUUUUUUAAUUUUAAACCAAUCACAUUUAUAAAUACUGAAUAUAAAUAUAUUAUGCAACAUCAAUCAAAUGUCACUCUUAUCAAUCAAUCUCAAGUGUCAUUAGUUAUGUCACUUAAUCAAUAUUACAAAGUGUAAUUUAGAGCACCAAAAGCUAAAAUGCAUUGCUAUAAACAAAUCUAAGCGUACAUCAUUUGUUCUGAAAAGAAAAUCCAUUCUGGUAUUAAAAAGUGUCCAGUAUUAAUUUAGAGCACAUGAAUAACUUCUGAUUUAAUUAUCAGAUAUUCUUGUACAAGAUGCACUCUUUAUUGUUAGAAAAUUAAACUUAAACAUAUUAAUUUACCACCGCAAUAUCUUAAAUUAGGAAAUCAGUCGCAAAAACGUAAUUUCUCUGAAUAAACAUGCCCCCCUUUUUUUUCAUUUAAAAAAA